AUGUACAUUGAUACAGAUGGAGAAAGAAAAGGAAUAGUGAAGCGCAAACACAGACAGUAACGCAAAGACAGAGAGAGAACCAAACCAAGUAAAGAGAAGAGGCCCUCUUGGUUGAUUCACCCCUUUUGCUUCGUUGUUGCUGAGAAGAGAAACGAAGAAGAAGAAGAAGAAAAAGAAGGGUUUGAUCGGAUUCGAUGAGCACACAAGGGCAAGUGAUUGAAGAAGCGGUUCUAGAUGACAUUAUCCGCCGCUUAACGGAGGUCCGAUUGGCCCGACCUGGCAAACAAGUUCAGCUCUCUGAGUCUGAGAUCAAGCAGCUUUGUCUCGCUUCCAGAGAUAUCUUCCUUCACCAACCCAAUUUGCUUGAACUCGAAGCCCCCAUUAAGAUUUGCGGUGACAUUCAUGGGCAGUACAGUGAUUUGUUGAGGCUAUUUGAGUAUGGGGGUUUGCCUCCUAAUGCUAAUUAUCUCUUUUUAGGGGACUAUGUUGACAGAGGGAAGCAGAGCUUAGAAACCAUUUGUCUUUUGCUUGCUUAUAAAAUCAAAUAUCCUGAAAACUUUUUCCUGUUGAGGGGGAAUCAUGAGUGUGCUUCCAUUAAUAGGAUUUAUGGAUUUUAUGAUGAAUGUAAGAGGAGGUUUAAUGUGAGGCUUUGGAAAGCCUUCACAGACUGUUUUAACUGCCUUCCUGUGGCAGCACUUAUAGAUGAUAAAAUAUUGUGCAUGCAUGGUGGUCUUUCCCCUGAACUCACAAACUUGGAUCAAAUCAGGAAUCUGCCUCGUCCAACUGCGGUUCCUGACACUGGAUUGCUUUGUGAUUUGCUGUGGUCUGAUCCAGGCAGAGAUGUGAAGGGCUGGGGUAUGAAUGACAGAGGAGUCUCCUACACCUUUGGCCCUGAUAAGGUGGCUGAGUUUUUGACAAAGCAUGACUUGGACCUAGUUUGUCGUGCUCAUCAGGUUGUAGAGGAUGGAUAUGAGUUCUUUGCCGACAGGCAACUUGUUACAAUAUUUUCAGCUCCGAAUUACUGCGGUGAAUUUGACAAUGCUGGUGCAAUGAUGAGUGUGGACGAUAACUUGAUGUGCUCUUUCCAGAUCCUCAAGCCUGCAGAGAAAAAAUCAAAAUUCCCGAUGACAAACAAGAUGUGAUGGUUGGCACGUCACUAUAUACGUAACUCAGAUGCAUUCGGCGAGUUAAAUUAUAUCCUAAAGAAGUAGAUUGCAUGGCUUUUAGUUCUUCUAUCUAUUCCAAGGUGAUGACGAGCGAGUUUAAUGCUAUAACCCGUCCAGUGAGGCAGUGAGCAUAAGGUAGUGGUCAUAGGAUAUUAAGCACUGCUGGAUGGCCAUAAAAGCAAAGGUUUUUUUUUAUCCUUCUUUUCAUUUUUCAUAAUUAUUCUACCACACAAUAUGUACAUAUGUGUGUUGUAGAUGCCAUGGAAAUGAUCUCCUUUGCUCUAAAAGGUGGUCUUAGAUUGUCAAUUUACACUGACGGUAGAGCAGCUUGUGGUGAUGAUUCUGGCCAAUUUUAUUCAGUUAGUAAAGAUGCAAUUGCUGGAUUUUAUGGUUUCAUACUGGUCUGUGUUUUUUUCUGUUGGAUCAAGAUAUCAUUCGGAGAAUGUUUACUUUUACCAUUCACUUACCUAUGGUUUUAAG